GUUGUCCAGGGAAGGAAGCCUGGAAGAGGAGAAACUGCAGACCUUCGAGAGUUGCGGUGUUGGUUCAGGCAGCCAGAGAGGCAGGGACCAGGCCAGGAUGCUGCCGCUGGUAUGGGGGUUAUGGUGCCUGACUCCUCUGAUGCACGGAGAAACUGCAUCUGCUGCCUUCCUGCCCUCCAGCAUGGAGAGAAUCUUCCAGGAUUUCAACAGCCUGAUGGAGAGAAACCGGGGAGCAUUGGGGAAAGAGCAGUUUGAUGGUACGGUGGACAUCAGCAAGCUACCUUCAAACUACCACAAUGAGGAGGAAAAGCAGCGGAAAAUGGGAAACGCCACGGUGUAUAGCCACCAUGUAAUCAACAAGGUGACUAAUAACCAUACAGGUGAGAUGAUCUUUUCAGAGAAAGUGGUGACUUCUAUUGAAGAGGAAGACACCCACCCAGAGAAGAAGGAGGUGUGUGUGAGUGACAGCAAUUGUCAAAAGGACCAAUUCUGCUUCCGGUCACUGCUUGCAUCCCAGUGUCAGCAGUGUAAAGCCAAAGAUAUGACUUGCCAAAAUGAUGGGGAAUGCUGCUUGGGUUCCCUGUGUGUAUGGGGCAAGUGUGCAGAAGGUGUAAGCCAAGGAGAGAGUGGGACGAGAUGUGACCCAAACCAAGACAAGUGUGCUCAGGGAUUGUGCUGCACCACCAGCAAAGCUUUCUCAUUUCCAGUCUGUGCUCCUUAUCCAAAAGAAGGCGAAGCAUGCCAGACACCAAGUACUACUUUCUUUAGACUGAUGGUUUGGGACAACCAGGCAGCAUUUGCCAAAUGUCCAUGUGCCCAAGGGUUGGAGUGCAGAAGUAAAAGAUAUACAAUUUCCACAUGCGAAAAGCCAGAGGACGGUGUGGACAUCAACAGUCUUGGAGAGCUGCUGCCUAUCUUCCAGCCUAUCCUGACAAACCUGGACAAAGAGGAGGCUUACUAUGAUGACUCUAGGCAAGAUGGCCAGCUGGCAAUAGUCAGCCUGCCCAAAGGCCCUUAUUCUAAAGAAGAUGCUGGGCUGAGUGAAGAUUAUGAUGAGAAGAGGCUGUUUCCAUGGGAGGAGGAAAGGAAUGAUCCCAACCAAUCAGAUUUCCAGGAACUUGAGCAACUGGCCAACCAAAUGGGACAGUACUUUGGACCAGGCUUUUACUAAUUUCAAGUGCUUUCACCUG